AUGCGAUGGGAUACGUCACGCUGGUCGACCAAUCCCUAUUAUGCCCUGGUGAUUACGGUCAUAGCUUGUGCUGGAAUUCCCAAGGGCUACGAUGAGGGUGGCUAUAGCGGCAGCGUGUCGCUCCCCUCAUUUAAGGCGGACUUCAAUCUCGACCCGUCACAUUGGGAGAACAACGCCACAGGGCUAGCCAAUCGGAAGGCAAACAUCACCUCCUUCAACGUGUUAGGUGCAGCGAUCGGAGCUCUCCUCGUGCUUGAUCUAAAUGACAGAAUUGGGCGCCUGUGGGCGUGGCGUCUGGCGUGUGUUGUGUGGGCAGUGGGCACCUUGAUUCAAAUAUUCGCAUCUGGCAUCUAUGGGCUGUUGCUCUUUAGUCGCAUAUUUGGAGGGCUGGGCGCCGGUGCUCUGACGGUCACCGCUCCUUUGUAUCUUAGUGAGAUAGCCCCUGCCAAAACACGAGGUCUGGUGGUGGGGUUGUACAUGGUGUUAUUACUAGCCUCCUUGACAACAGGGUUCUUUGUCAAUUAUGGCGCCAGGGAGCACAUGGCGACCGAUCGCACCCAAUACCGCCUAGUUCAGGCCGUGCCCCUAAUCCCUACAGGAAUCGCGUUCUUCCUGUCGUACCUUUGUCCGGAAACACCCCGAUAUCUUGUCUCCAAGCAACGCCACAGCGAGGGAUUGAAUGCGCUAGCGCGCUUGCGGGGAAAGCCUCACAAUGAUCCUGAUGUGGUGGCCGAGUUCGAAAGUAUCGAUGCCCAAGUCCGUGAGCGCACGACGGACCUUGCCUCCGUGUCGCAUUGGGCUAUGUUCAAGGAGACCCAAACGAAUCCUAAUUAUAGACAACGAUUCUGGCUGAUCAUGACCAUGCAAACCAUUGGUCAGUGGACCGGUGGAAACGGUAUCACAUACUAUGUGACCAGCAUUUUCCAGUACGCUGGUCUCACAGGAGAUGCGGAAUCCCUUGUCGGUUCCGGCGCUUAUGGAGUCGUCAAGCUAGUCUUCACCAUGGCCUUCACAUGGGGCCUCAUUGACUUGCUGGGUCGACGCCGCUGCACUCUUGCUGGCCUUUCCCUCCAGCUGGCAGCACACAUCUACAUGGGCAUCUAUAUGGGCCUGCAACCAGGUUCAUCAGACAAUUCCAACGCGUCCAAUGCAGCUGUCGCCUCGGUCUUCAUCUAUGCUGUUGGCUGGUCCAUCGGUCUCUGCACAGUUCCAUACCUAUACGGCACCGAGAUCUUCCCUACGCGCAUUCGCAAUGUCAGUUACGCGAGUAGCAUGUCACUACAUUGGUUCUUCCAGUUUGCUGUCGUGCGUGUUACGCCGAACAUGUUCGUUUCCCUGAACGUCUGGGGCGCGUAUCUCUUUUGGGCACUUAUCUGUUUCUUCGGCCUGAUCAUCCUUGGCAUUUGGAUGCCGGAGACCAAGGGCGUGCCUAUUGAACAGAUGGGUGAUCUGUUCGAUGGACCGUGGUAUUUGCGCUGGAAGGCGAAGCCCAGACGAUGGGUCGAUGCUGAACCGACUCCCACGGACGAUGCAGUCUCGUCUAAGGAUGAUCGUGCACACAAAGCUCACGAUUGA